GCCGGCGGGCAGGCAACUCCUGUCCCGAGUGGAGGCGGCGGAGCCGGAGCCGGGGGAGGGGGCAGCGGCUGUCUGACGGACCGCGGCGGUGCCCGCAGCUCCUCACCGCAGCAUCCCCACUCCAGGCCCGAGGAGCUUUCCGGAGCUUCCCACACUUCUGGGGAGAAGACUUCUUAGCCAGCUUGAUGUUUAAAAUUCAGCUGGAGCCCUUAAAACUUCGAGCGUGGACGCUGAAUGGGUUUGUAAAGUUUCGAAACAAGGACACCAGUGCUGGUCCAGUGGCUGUGAUGGGAAAGGAUUAUUACAAGAUUCUUGGGAUCCCUUCGGGAGCCAAUGAGGAUGAGAUCAAGAGAGCUUAUCGGAAAAUGGCCUUGAAGUACCACCCAGACAAGAACAAAGAACCCAACGCCGAGGAGAAGUUUAAGGAGAUUGCAGAGGCCUAUGAUGUGCUGAGUGACCCUAAGAAACGGGGCCUGUAUGACCAAUACGGGGAGGAAGGCCUGAAGACUGGCGGUGGUACAUCGGGUGGCUCCAGCGGUUCCUUUCACUACACCUUUCAUGGGGACCCCCAUGCCACCUUUGCCUCCUUCUUUGGUGGCUCCAACCCCUUCGAUAUCUUCUUUGCCAGCAGCCGUUCCACUCGGCCCUUCAGUGGUUUUGACCCAGAUGACAUGGAUGUGGAUGAAGAUGAGGACCCAUUUGGUGCCUUUGGCCGCUUUGGCUUCAAUGGGCUGAGCAGGGGUCCAAGGCGAGCCCCAGAACCACUGUACCCUCGGCGCAAAGUGCAGGAUCCACCUGUGGUGCAUGAGCUGCGAGUGUCCCUGGAGGAGAUCUAUCACGGGUCCACCAAGCGCAUGAAGAUCACGAGGCGGCGACUCAACCCUGAUGGGCGAACUGUGCGCACGGAGGACAAGAUCCUCCACAUUGUCAUUAAGCGGGGCUGGAAAGAAGGCACCAAGAUCACCUUCCCCAAAGAGGGUGAUGCCACACCCGACAACAUCCCUGCCGACAUUGUCUUCGUGCUCAAAGACAAGCCCCAUGCGCACUUCCGCCGAGAUGGCACCAAUGUGCUCUACAGUGCCCUGAUCAGCCUCAAAGAGGCGCUGUGUGGCUGCACCGUGAACAUUCCCACCAUCGAUGGCCGAGUGAUCCCUUUACCUUGCAAUGAUGUCAUCAAGCCAGGCACCGUGAAGAGACUCCGUGGGGAGGGGCUUCCCUUCCCCAAGGUGCCCACCCAGCGGGGAGACCUCAUUGUCGAGUUCAAAGUUCGCUUCCCAGACAGAUUAACACCACAGACCCGACAGAUCCUUAAACAGCACCUACCCUGUUCCUAGGCUCUGCUCCUCUGUCCCAGAGUCUACCACAGCAAUACCCCCACAUUCACCCCCACUCAGUGUGCACACAGCUCAAUGUCCACUGGACACUGGCAACUUUUUCUAAAAUGCAAAAAAAAAAAAAAAA